GGUGAUACAUAGCGGUAAGGUGGUCCGCUUGCUAAUCUCGGAUCACAGUUACGUCCGCCGGCAUUUAUUGACCGCGUUGCAGCGCCAGAUCAUUGCGCCGAAGUCCGAAUUAAUAACGGUUAAAUGUGAAGGUCAAAAUCAAGGAUGGAAAGUUUGAGUUAAAUUCGUCUUCUCCUGCUUAUAAAGCUUAACAAUGGCUAAGGAGAUUAAAUACUUCGAGUUGAACACCGGGGCGAAAAUUCCUUCAGUCGGACUUGGUACCUGGCAGGCGGAGCCUGGUGUCGUUGGUCAAUCUAUUGAAGCAGCCGUCAAGAACGGGUACCGCCACAUUGACUGUGCUCCAGUCUAUGGUAAUGAGAAGGAGAUUGGUGUAGUUCUGAAGAAGUUGUUUGACGAGAAAGUUGUCAAGAGGGAGGAUUUGUUUAUUACUUCCAAACUAUGGUGUACUGACCAUGCGCCUGAAGAUGUGCCCGUGGCAUUAGGCAAAACACUGGAAGACUUGCAACUUCAAUAUGUUGAUCUGUACCUCAUUCAUUGGCCUGUCCGCUUUAAGAAGGGGACAACAGGUAUUAAGCCUGACAACAUUGUUAAACCGGAUAUACCAGCUACAUGGAAGGCCAUGGAAGCACUCUAUGAUUCUGGCAAGGCCCGGGCUAUAGGAGUCAGCAAUUUCUCCGUGAAAAAGCUGGGUGAUUUGUUGGCUAUAGCACGCAUUCCUCCAGCUGCCAACCAGGUCGAAUGUCAUCCUACAUGGAAUCAAACUAAACUGCGGGGAUUUUGCAAAUCCAAGGGAGUUCACCUAUCUGCUUAUUCACCACUGGGUUCUCCUGGCACAACUACAAUGAAAGGUGAAGUCCUCAAGCAUCCUGUUCUAGUUGCUACAGCAGAAAAAUUGUGUAAGACACCUGCACAAGUGGCACUACGGUGGGGACUGCAAAUGGGUCAUAGUGUACUUCCAAAGAGCGUGCAGGAAUCUAGGAUCAAAGAGAAUUUUGAUGUCUUCAGUUGGUCUAUACCAGAUGACUUAUUUGCCGAGUUCUCUCAAAUUGAGCAGGUGAGACUGCUCAGGGGUUAUUUGUUUGUCCAUGAGACACUCGGUGAAAACAAGAAUAUCGAAGAGCUUUGGGACGGAGAGAUCUGAGCGUGUAGUGUUUAAUGGCGUGAUGAUAAAAAGGUGCAUUCAAGAGAAAACAUGUUGAGGCUUCAUCACAUAGACAUAGUGCCUCACUGGGGAAUAAAAGGUCGUUCACUCCAAGUGGCCCCAAAGGCCCGUUUGGAUAUUCUGUGUGUCAUUUCAUCCCAAAUUUGGGAACUUCUUAUCACAUUUAUCGUGCACCAAAAUAUAUAUUCAGAAAUUGUGCUUAUUAUGCA